UGCCCUUGCUCUACCAGCACUUGUCACUCCUCUCGCCCCUCGUCUUCUCCCUUCUCCUCACGUCGCUGUGGCGGCCGCCCUUCCGUGCCCCCCCUCCUACUCCACCCUCUAAAUCCCCUUCCUCUGCUCACAAUCGAGUUCUUGCUGUCCGGAAUUCUGGACCCAAAUUUUAUUUUUAUUUGUUUUGGUGGGGAUUUGCUUCGUUUGUUUAUUUUGGGUGGCAUUCUAGAGCGCUCUAGUUUUUGCAUCAUUUGAGUGGUGGAGUGAGUGGCAUGGGAGGCGUUUGAGGGUUGGUCGAGGAUUCCAGUUGCAUUCACUAGACGUUUGGUGUUGUGUCGUGGAACUGCUUGUUACAGGCGUCGUGGGUGCUCAGAGGUGGGGAGUUGGUAGUGGGGAAUCGUGUCUAAGAGUUUGAAGUUUUUAUUUUUAUUUUUUUGAGGAGUGGAAUACAUUUUUCUCUAGAAUUUAUUUGAGGAGUUGAUUGAUAGUGUGGUGGGGAUCUGAUAGAGUGAAGUUUUGGCAGCUCUGGAAAUCUGUGUUCGAGGAGGUUGAGGUUUGGUGUGCGGUGGUGUGGGUGACUUUUUUUUUUUUUUUUUUUUUUUUUUUUUUCGUCUUCUCUCUCUCUUGGAACUGUCGCUGUAGUUGAUUACUGUUUAGGUUUGUGGUGUGGGAAGAAAGUGUGGAUAGUGGUGAGGAACAUAGGAAGGUGUGGUGCAGUGGUGUAUCAUUUGAGAAUAGGAGGGGAGUAUUGCGGCACGGGGCUAGUUGUGGGGCUUGAUGCCCUGUGUUAUGCGUUUGUAGUGAGGCGGCGUAGUUGAGGUGGUGUGAGCGCCGUAUUCGGGGAGCGCCGUAACUGGGCGGCAUUUUCGGUGCUGGAUUGGUGACCAGUGUCGACGCUCCCCUCUUUAGACUGUAAUCAGAGUUUCACAGUUUAGACAUUCGAGUUGUAGAAAUCGAGCUGGAAUUUCUGAGAACAGGUAUACAACCUCGCAUGCUCUUUUAUCCUUGUUGAUCUGUGCUGUUGCUUGAAGCGAGAAGUUUAGAACCGAAGGCGAUUAUUUUUCCUCAGGUGUGAGUUAAGAUUCUGCAAAGCCCAUUAUCCGAUGGUUUCUCAGACAGAUGUGACGUCCAGGUUCAAGAAGUUCGCUGUUCAGGAUACCCCCGAGGGGAGUUCGCAGGGCAUGGGUCAAGGAAAUACUGCAUACUGUCAAACUUCUCCACUUUACGUCGACGGAAAAGAUGGAGCAGCGGCCACUUUUGUCACGCUGGCUCAGGAAGCUAAGGUAGCUACAGAAGAAGUGAAGGUUCCCACCAGUAAUGCAAUCUUGUCCAUUUGCAAAUCUCUCAUCGCUGGAGGUGUGGCGGGGGGUGUAUCUCGCACUGCCGUUGCUCCACUGGAACGGAUGAAGAUUCUUUUACAGGUGCAAAAUCCAUUCAAUCCGAAGUACAGUGGCACGAUUCAGGGCUUGAAGUCUAUUUGGGGGAGUGAAGGUUUGCGUGGGUUUUUCAAGGGCAAUGGAACUAAUUGUGCUCGAAUCAUUCCCAACUCCGCUGUGAAGUUUUUCGCUUAUGAAGAAGCGUCCAGAUCGAUUUUGUGGGCUUAUCGAAAAGAGAGUGACCAACCCGAUGCUGAACUAACUCCUGUUCUCCGAUUGGGAGCUGGCGCAUGUGCUGGGAUAAUUGCAAUGUCAGCCACAUAUCCUAUGGAUAUGGUGCGAGGAAGGCUGACAGUGCAGACCCAGGAUGGGCCGCUUCAUUAUAAAGGCAUGUACCAUGCUUUCCGGACAAUUAUCCACGAGGAGGGUGCAAGAGCUUUGUACAAAGGAUGGCUUCCAUCUGUUAUUGGAGUGGUUCCUUACGUCGGGCUUAAUUUCGCUGUCUAUGAAUCCCUCAAGGACUGGAUUCUGAAACACCCCCAGUGGCAACCAGAUGAUGGGGCUGAUUUGGCUGUUCUUACCAAGCUAGGUUGUGGAGCCGCAGCAGGUACUGUGGGUCAGACAGUCGCUUACCCUCUGGAUGUGAUCCGUCGACGAUUGCAAAUGGUUGGCUGGAAGUCUGCCUCACCAAUCGUCACAGCCGAUGGGCAAGUGAAGCAGCCAAUGCAGUACACAGGCAUGGUAGAUGCUUUUAGAAAAACAGUGAAAUAUGAAGGUGUUGGAGCUCUCUACAAAGGACUGGUGCCAAACUCCGUUAAGGUUGUGCCAUCAAUCGCUCUGGCAUUUGUGACAUACGAGUUGAUGAAGGAUCUCAUGGGUGUAGAGAUGCGGAUUUCAGAUUAAGCCAAUUUUGCGACUAUGGCAUGAUAGAUUAUACUGCUUAGAGGCUAGCCCAUUACAUGAGGUUAGCCCAUCAUCGUUAGGACGUGCAGGAUAGUGCCUUCAAGAUGAGUUUCACUGGAGAUGUAUUUGUCACUGCACAGGUGUCCCACACUUUCCUUUCCGUAUGUGUGCCGGCCAUUAGAGUACUGUGGCGUAUUUCUUCAUUCAGCAGCUCUUCUGGAGUAAAUUCAAAAUUUUACAGCAAUGAAAUCAACAGCCAGAUCCGUUCCAUCUAACAAGGCCUUCAGUGUGACUGGGCUGGAUUCAUGAGCCUCAUUCACGAAAACCCUCUUGUAAAUGGCGUAAGAUUUCAUUCUGAGAGAGUUGUUUUAUGUUUCAGUGACAAUGUUAGCAGAUAAAGUUGAGCUCUACUAAAAAUCAUUUUACUUCAGCGCUAUUUGCAGCCACAUUUGUAUUCACAUACAAUUUAGAGUCAAAUGAAUAACAAGUGUCCUUGGCUGGUGUUGCAGUUGAGCACCUUUCAUGAAUCUUCCCUUCAA